GGGUUCCGGAUAUACCCUCAUCCCGGGUUAUAUGAGCCGACUUUUCCUCCUCACCAACACCCAUCCAUCCAGCAGACUACGCAAUCAACCUCUACAUCUACAUCGCCAACAUGCCUCCCAAGCUCGCCAUCCUCGAUGACUACCAAAACAUCUCCCCCCGGCACUUCGCCCACCUAACCUCCCGCGUCGACAUCAGCUACUUCCCCGACACGCUGAACCCGCGCGAUCCCGCCCAACAGAAACAGCUCAUCCAGCGUCUGCACCCCUUCGACAUCAUCGUCGCUCAGCGCGAACGCACCCCCUUCUCUAAGGAAACCCUCUCCGCCCUCCCCAAUCUCAAACUCCUCCUCACCACCGGCACGCGCAACCUCGCCCUGGACACCGCCUACUGCGCGGAACGAGGCAUCCCUGUCGCCGGCACGCAGCGUCGCCCCCCCGGUAUCAACUCCACCGUGCAACACACCUGGGCCUUGAUCCUCGGCGUGGCGCGACAUAUCGCGCGGGACGACGCGGCCAUCAAACGGGGCGAAUGGCAGGGGUCACUUGGUCUCACGUUGGCGGGCAAAACGCUCGGGUUGCUCGGGGUGGGCAAGUUAGGAGCGCAGGUGGGACGGAUCGCGGUGCAGGCAUUCGGGAUGACGGUGAUCGCGUGGUCGACGAACCUGACGCAGGAGAAGGCGGACGAACAGGCGACGGCGAUGGGAUUACCCGGGGGUAGUUUCACGGCGGUGUCGGACAAGUUGGAGUUCUUUCGGCGGGCCGAUGUGAUUAGUUUGCAUAAUGUGUUGUCGGAGCGGAGUCGGGGGAUAGUGGGGCGGGAAGAGUUGAAGGCGAUGAAGAAGACGGCGCUGUUGGUGAACACGUCACGCGGACCGUUGGUGGAUGAGACGGCGUUGUUGGAGACGCUGAAUGCGGGCGGGAUCGCUGGGGCGGCGUUGGAUGUGUUUGAGCCGGAGCCGUUGCCGGUGGAGAGUGUGUGGAGGACGACGGCGUGGGGGAAGGAUGGGCGGAGUGAGGUUUUGUUGACGCCGCAUAUGGGGUAUGGUGAUGAGCAGAUCCAUGGGUGGUAUGAGGAGGUGGCGCAGAAUUUGGAGCGGUGGUUGAAUGGGCAGGAAUUGACGGUGCGGUUGAAUUGAGUUUAAUUGAAGUGUUUGUUUCGAAUAGAAUGGAAGAAGGUAGAGCCAUCAUGAGCGCCAUCUGCAGAGUGCAGCCAUAGUGAGGAUCUAAUGCAGGCUGCCAACCAUUACGUG